AUGGAUCAACGCAGUAGAGACAUCCGCACUUGCCUUCUGUAUGAAUUUAAACUUCGACGAUGUGCUACACUCGCUCAAAAAAAUUUGGUAAAAGCGUUUGGUGAAAACAGUAUGUCUCUUGACACUGUGAGAAGAUGGUACCGAAGAUUUCGACAUGGCUAUGAAUCUGUGGACUAUCGAAAAAAAGGACCGGUCAAAGUCGACGACGAUCUUUUGGAGGAAAUGGCCAACACCAAAAUGUCAGCUUCAGAGAUGGCGAAAUUUUUCGGUGUUCAAAUUGCGACGAUCAAUAUGCAUUUAAAGAAUAUUUCACAAGGCCGAAAAACAACGUUUCUUAAUCGACAGUCUAAGGCAGCGGGCAAGUUGACCAGGAUGCAGACAUUGAAUUGA